AUGGAUUUAAGCGCGGUCAACACAAAGGAGACGCCGGCAAUAAAGAAACAAUGUUAUAAAUGUAAAUUAAAACAACUGAGAGAGAGAACUGAACUUCAAGGCAGGUCAAAAGAGAACAUGUUAGAAAAUUUUCCAACUUUUCCUCUCAUGUCUCAUGAAAGGAUUUUCCUGGUUCGAGUAAUUUUGACUUACCUAAAAGCGAAUGAGUGA